UUAAGGUCUAACAUUCCUUCUAAUGAACAAUUGAGUGUAGGUCAAUGAUUUGACUGGAUACCAAAGGAACAGCAAUUUUCUUGCUUGCAAUAUAGUUCACUGAAAACUGUGUGGCGCAAUGAACACAACCGAAAUGCCGUCGGGCUUCAGCACUGAAUAUGAUUACGACUAUGAAACAUAUUCUCCAUGCCGCAUGGAAUCUGUAAAGAGUUUCAGUGAACGCUUCUUGCCAGUGCUUUACUUACUUGUGAUCUUGUUUGGACUUCCAGGAAAUAUUCUAGUAUUAUGGGUUCUCCUAAAAUACAGACGGCUGAGGAACAUGACAGAUAUCUGCCUUCUCAAUUUGGCAAUAUCUGAUUUGAUUUUCGUAUUAUCACUUCCUUUCUGGGCAUAUUUUACUGCCAAUCAAUGGAUUUUUGGAGAUGCUUUAUGUAAAGUCAUUAGUGCUUUUUAUAUGCUUGGUUAUUAUGGUGGUAUUCUGUUCAUAAGCCUGAUAAGUAUUGACCGUUACUUUGCAAUUGUUCACGCUGUGUCUCCUUUAAUGAGGAGGACUACUUUACAUGGUCUUAUUUCAAGCAUAGCCAUGUGGUUUAUAGCUCUUCUAGCAUCACUUCCCAAUCUGAUAUAUACAAAAACAGAGUUAUUGGAAGGAAGAACCAUUUGCCAUUCCUUUACUCCAGGUGGAAGCACAACAAAAUGGGAAAUUUGUAUUAUCCUCAAAAACAAUGUCUUGGGUUUUUUAAUUCCAUUAGUUAUAAUGCUUUUCUGCUAUACAAAUAUAGUUAUAAUCCUGCUUAAGAACAAAAGUAGUAAGCACAGGGCAAUAAAAGUCAUAUUUACUGUGGUAAUUACGUUUUUAAUAUUCUGGACACCACAUAAUAUAGUUUUGUUCCUGAUGUCCUUGAAGCAACUGCAAAUUUUAACUGGCUGUGACAUGCUGAUCAGGCUCACUAUUACACAGCAGAUCACUGAAUCCAUCACAUUUGUACACUGCUGUUUAAACCCAAUUAUCUAUGCAUUUUUGGGUCAAAAGUUCAAAUCAGAUCUUCGCAGACUCUUUCGUUUCCCUUGGAAAUGCGGGUAUAAGGCACGUUGCAAAGAUCAGUUCAUUUCUCGUGAAUUUAAUAAUUCAGUACGAACACCAUCCAGCAGUGACAAUUAUUUUUCCAGAUUGAUGUAAUUCAGCAUUCAUAUAGAGACAUGGAAGACCGCAGGCACUGGAAUCUGGAGCAAAAGUAAAUCUAUCUACUGGAGCGGGCCAGGCAUCACCUGAAGAAGGAAAUGAACUAUCAACAUUUCUGGUCAAUACCCUUCAUCAACUUUCAUAGGUUAUUUUACAGUCGAUUUAUAUAUGCUGUUCUUUAACACGUGCAAAUUGUAAGACGUUUGUAAACUAUGCCUAAGUAUAA